AUGGCUGAGACGGUGGUGAGUACGGCGCGGGUGCUGCUGGGCAGCGCCAUCAGCAAGGCCUCCUCCGCCGCCGCCGACGAGGCGAGCCUCCUUCUCGGCGUCCAGAAGGAGAUCUGGUACAUCAAAGAUGAAUUGAAAACAAUUCAGGCAUUCCUAAGAGCUGCUGAAGUAGAGAAGAAGAAAGAUGAGUUACUAAAGGUAUGGGCAGAGCAAGUACAAGAUUUGUCCUAUGAUAUUGAAGAUUGUCUGGAUGAGUUUAAAGUUCAUGUGAGGAGCCAAAGCCUGUCGCGCCAACUGCUGAAGCUUGGUGAUUGCCAUCGGAUUGCAAUACGGAUUCGGAACCUCAAAUCAAGAGUUGAAGAGGUGAGCAACAGGAACACACGCUACAGCCUAAUAAAGCCCAUUUCCUCUAUCAGCACAGAUGAGAGGGAUUCCUACAUGGAAGACAUUCGCAACCAAUCAGCUAACAAUACAGACGAAUCAGAACUUGUGGGGUUUGCCACUCCUAAAAAGGAAUUGCUUAAGCUGAUAGAUGUCAGCCCUGAUGAUGGUUCUACUAAGGUAAUAUGUGUUGUUGGUAUGGGUGGUUUAGGCAAGACUACUCUGGCAAGGAAGACCUACGAAAGUAAGGAGGAUAUUUCAAGAUACUUCUCUUGCUGUGCUUGGGUCACUGUAUCCCAGUCAUUUGACAGGAAGGAGAUUCUAAAAGAUAUGAUUAGGCAACUUUUGGGUGCUGAUUCAUUAGACAAACUCUUGAAAGAGCUCCAGGGGAAAUUGCUGGUUCAAGUGCAGCAUCUUUCUGAUUGCUUGGUACAAGGUUUAAAGGAGAAACGGUAUUUUGUUGUCCUUGAUGAUCUAUGGAGCAUAGAAGCGUGGAAUUGGAUUAAUGAUAUUGCUUUUCCAAAGAAUAACAACAGAGGUAGCUGCAUAUUAGUAACAACGCGAGAUGCUGGCUUAGCUGAGAGUUGUACAUCUCAACCACUUAUUUACCACCUUGAACCCCUUCAAAUUUAUGAUGCUGUGGAUUUGCUACUAAGGAAGACAAGCAAAAGACAACAAGUCCUGGAAACAGUUGAGAACAUGAAGCACAUAGUUACAAAACUGGUAAAAAAAUGUGGUUGUUUACCACUGGCUAUACUCACUGUUGGAGGGAUUCUUGCGACUAAAAAGAUAGCACAGUGGGGGAAGUUUUUGGAAGAACUCCCUUCAGAACUUGAGAGCAAUCCAAGCCUUGAAGCAAUGAGGAGGAUGGUUACCCUGAGUUAUGACCACUUGCCAUCUCAUCUUAAGCCAUGUUUUCUGUACCUAAGCAUCUUCCCUGAGGAUUUUGAAAUUCGAAGGAGGCGCCUGGUAGGUUGGUGGAUAGCAGAGGGGCUUGUUAAAGCGAGGGAUGGGGUGAACAUUGAGGAAGUUGGAAAUAGUUACUUCAAUGAGCUAAUCAACCGAAGUAUGAUUCAACCAUCAACAAUAAAUGUUGAAGGAGCUGUUAAAAAAUGCACAAUCCAUGAUAUCGUGCGUGAUAUCAUAGUUUCAAUUUCUAGAGAGGAAAAAUUUGUGCUCUUGAAUAAGGAUAAUGUCACUAAUGUAGAAGAGGAGAACAUUCGCCAUGUAGCGUUCCAUGGGAACAAGUGCUCAGAAAUAGGCUUGAACUGGAGCAGUGUCCGUUCAAUAUCUGUAUUUGGCGAUAGGCCUAUGGAGCCAGCACCUUCAUUUUGUUCGCAACAGCUGAGAAUGUUGAGAGUCUUGGAUUUGGAAGAUGCAAGAUUUAAAAUCACAGAAAAAGAUGCCAACAACAUUGGGGCUUUGCACCACAUGAAGUAUCUGAACAUUUCAGGAACUUCCUAUAAUUUUGCACUUCUGAGAUCCAUAGGGAAACUGCGAUGCUUACAAACCUUGGACUUGAGAGAAACAAAUAUUUCAGCACUAACUACUGAUAUGACUGAACUCCGAAAUCUCCGUAGUCUCCGCUGCAGCAAAAGGUUAGAUUAUGGUUACUUUAAUUUGAUGGACAACCCAAAGGGAUGCCUGACUAUCACGAUGUGUUUUCCCAUGAUAUUCACACCACUAGUUAAUUUCAGUGACCGUGCCAACUUAAUUGCCGAAGUACGGAUGGCCUGUUCUACCUGUUGGUCUGAUACAAAAGGUGUAAGGAUGCCAAGAGGAAUCAACCACCUCAAAAAGUUACAGGUACUAGAGGUUGUGGACAUCAAAGGAACUACUAGGAAAGUGAUAAAAGAGGUUGGAGAACUCAGUCAACUAAGAAAACUAAGUGUGACAUCGAAAGGUGCCACCAAGGACAAAUACAUGAUACUUUGUGCAGCUAUUGAAAAGCUUUCAUCGCUCCAGUCUCUCCAUGUGGAUGCUGAGGGAUCCUCAGAUGUUGAAUCAUUGGAGUGGCUAGCCUUUAUUUCCUCUCCUCCGCCCCUUCUAAGGAGUUUAAAGUUGAAUGGAUCUCUUGCAGAUAUGCCAAAUUGGUUCGGGAACCUUAAGCAGCUGGUGAAGAUGCAUUUAUCCAGGAGCAAGCUAAAGGAAGAUAAAACAAUGGAGAUACUUGGGGCACUUCCCAAUCUCAUGCUCCUUCGUCUUUAUCGGAAUGCUUAUGUUGGAGAAAAAUUAGUGUUCAGAAGGGGGGCAUUCCCAAAACUCAAAGAAGUUGAUAUUUACUUCUUGAAGCAAGUAAGAGAGAAAAUUUGA